ACUCUGGGUCAAACCCCCAGCCAGGAGAAGGGCUCAGAUGGCAUUCUGGACAGUUUUCCUCUGUACCUUGGUGGUAUUGCUGCUUGGGGGGCUCUACCACCUGGGGGCCUUUCGGAGACGAAGACCCAAUGAGCCGCCUCUGGACAAAGGCAUCAUUCCCUGGCUGGGUUAUGCACUGGAUUUCAGAAAGGACAGUUCAGCGUUUCUAAGUAAGAUGCAGAGAAAAUAUGGAGAUAUUUUCACAGUGCUGAUCGGAGGCUAUUACUUUACCUUUGUGAUGGACCCCUUCUGCUUUGGAGCCAUUGUGAAGGAAUCACGGUCUAAACUAGACUUUCUGACCUUUUCAGCUAACUUGGUCUACCGGGUUUUUGGCUACAAGUCCAAGACGAACAACAAUAGUGCUCUGCAUGUUUUUAACACAAAGUAUCUGAUGGGAGAUGGACUCACUCUCCUGACACAAGCCACCAUGGACAACUUCCAGAAGCUGUUGUUUUUCAAGCUGAGCUCAGGAGAGGAGAAGCGACCAUGGCAAGAGGCCGGCCUCUUCCACUACUGCUACAACAUCGUCUUCAGAGCUGGGUACCUGGCUUUGUUCGGCACCGAGUCGUACCAAGGGACAGGGAACAAGGAGAAAGCUUACGAGCAAGAUCUCAUCCACUCCAACCAGCUGUACACCGAGUUUCGGAAGUACGACCGCCUCUUCCCCCGCCUGGUCUAUGCCGUGUUGCCUCCCAAGGACAAAGUAGAAGCUGAGAGGUUGAAGAGGUUCUUCUGGGAUGCUCUGUCCGUGAGUAAGAGCUCUCGGAAGGAAAACGUCAGUAGGUGGAUAAGUGAACAAGACAAGUUUUUGGCAGAAAUUGGCAUGCCUGACUACAUGCGGGACCGCUUCAAGUUCAUGAUGCUGUGGGCAUCCCAGGGCAAUACAGGCGCUACUUCCUUCUGGCUCCUCUUGUAUCUCAUGAAGGAUCCAGAAGCUAUGAAGGCUGUAAAGGAAGAAGUAGAGAAAGUCUUGAGGGAGCACGGUCAAGAAGUGAAGCCAGGAAGCCCACCAAUUAACAUCACCAGAGACAUGUUAGCCCAGACUCCUUUUCUGGACAGUGCCGUGGAGGAGACCCUGAGGCUGAUGGCAGCCCCAAUCCUGAUCAGAGCCAUCCUCCAGGAUAUGACCCUCAAAACGAGUGGUGGCACAGAGUACAGUCUGCGCAAAGGGGACCGAGUGGCUCUGUUCCCACACCUCUCUGUGCAGAUGAAUCCAGAAAUCCACCCUGAACCUCACAAAUUUAAGCAUGACCGCUUUGUCAACCCGGACGGCACCAAGAAAAAUUUUUACAAGAAUGGCAAACGGCUGAAAUACUUCAACAUGCCCUGGGGGGCCGGUGUAUCCAUGUGUCCUGGGCGGUUCUUUGCUACAGAAGAAGUUAAAUUGUUUGUGUUCUUGAUGCUGACUCACUAUGACCUGGAGCUGGUCAACGACCAAGAGGAGAUCCCAGACAUAGAUUUGAGCCGCUGGGGAUUUGGAACCAUGCAGCCUGUUCACGACGUUCAGUUCAGAUACCGACUACGUGUUUGAAAAAGCUGUGGUGUUCUGCUUGUCCAGAUGUUGCUAUGAAAUAAACCGCCCGAGCUGGUGGCUGCUGGAUCCGUGUGGAGCCAAUGCCAGUAUGUUCUUCUUUGCUUAACAGCAUGGUGGCUUUUCUCUUCGUCUUCUUUGCAUGUAGCACAGCCCUGCAUCACCCCUUACCCUGUCUGGGUAGGGCAAUAGAAGCUCAUCUGCACACCCACAGGGGAGCCCAGAGAUACAAUGGUGAGGUGGAGGGCCCCAAGUAAUGCCCUGCUGGGUUACUCCCAGCUCUUCACAAUGGCUACCAGCCUGUCAGAAACCAACUUGUACAUGCCAAGAGGAGAAUGAGGAUGUAACAGUAGGUUAAUUAAGGACAACUGGGAACCCAGAUAAAGGAUGAAUGCCUCAGCUGGGUCUCUUUGUGUCUGUCCCACCAGAGCAGCAACCCCACAGCCCAGGCAUGAGGCCUACUGAGAUUAGUCACAGGGAUUGGGAUUAAGGGGUGAGGCAUUUUGUGGGGCACAGAGGAGAGGCAGGUGGGGAUUGUAACAGGUUUAUGGUGGGAUGCUUGAGGAACGAACCAAAAUGGAGAAAAGGAGGGAUUUAGGUGAUGCAGGGAGGAAAGUAGAGUUAUAAAGAGUUAAAAAUGUGCAGGUGUGUGCAAAUAGUCAGCUCACCCAUACACGUGCCUUUCCACACUGUGCCCAAUCUUUCCUUAAGAAUUGCCUUUCUGUGAGUGGAGAGCUGGGGUCUGGUGUGCAAACCUGGUUCCUGAUGUCCUCCCAGCCUUUCCUUGAGGCUCAUGUACUGGCAUUGUUCCCAUCUAAUGCAUGCUGGGGGUACCUCUUCCCUUCUCUUUUUUUUUUUUCUUCCUUCAGCAGCCAAGGGAACAUCAGUCCCCACAGGAGUUAAGUCACAGCACAGUGAACCAACUUGCUGCAGACACCGUCUUUGGAGGUUUUCAUAGAAUGGCUUAGGUUCACAUCCCUCCUGUGCUGGGGAUCUGGAUGCAGUGCUCCAGGUGGGACCUCACAAGGGCAGAGCAGAAGGAGACAGUCACCUUCCUGCUCACUGUUGUCCCUCUGUUGAUGCAGACCAGGAUGCAGUUGCCCUUCCAGGCUGCAAGAACACACUGCUGGCUCCAGAAUCCCCAAGCCUUCUCCGCACGGCUGCUCUCUGUGAGCGCUUCUCCCAUCUGCACUCAUAUCUGGGACUGCCCCAACCCAGGUGCAGCACCCUGCAUUUGGCCUUGUUCAACCUCAUUAGGUUCUUGUGUGCCCACUUCUUGAGUUUGCCAAGGUCCCUCUGUUAUGUACAAUCAAGGUCCAGAACUCAAAUGUUUUAUUAUGUCUCAAAACAUCAAAGCCAGAUUCUGCUUUCUGUUGUGAAGGACGGGGCUAUGUUAUAACUGCAGCAACUGAACAACUGUUGUAACUUCUCCUGGUGAAGGCAGAGCUGUCCUAGGAAAAAAAUAAUCUGCAUUUUAGUGCUUUGCUGUACUCUAA